CUGAAACGGGCGACCAGGGCUGACCCAAAAACACACACACAGCUCUAACUGCCUGAGUCUGAUUCUUGUGUCUUUCGAUCAGAUCGCAAAAUCGCACGCGGCGUCUACAAAUCAACUAGCUUCUGGCAUAAAUACAUCGCUCUGCGGAGAUAAAAGUGUUUUGUUUGCUGGCGCGCUGCCACUGUCGGUUUUGUUAGUCAGCUUAAGAGCGAAAAACGAAAAUCGGAAGAUGUUUUAGUUCAUCGCAUUGCAUCGCAUCCCCUUGUGCGCGUGUGUGGGUGUUUGUGAGGUAUGCCUGCCCCUGGAAGGCGCUAAGUCAGCUUUACGUUUUGUGAACCAGCCGACAUCUGUGAUUCUUGGUUUGUUCGCAAAAAAUGACUUGCGAGCUGCCACCCAUCAUUCUGAAAGGCAAGGAACUGAAAAAGUAUCGCCAUCUGAAAAGGAAAUAUCCUGUUUCCGACACCUUCCUGCAACAGAACUGGUGGAAUGUCAAGCGAUUCAUAAUAUACGCCCUUACCCCGCACUGCGUUAUCCGGAAGUAUGCGUGGCGGAGGCGUGGCAAUCGAGUCCUCAUCGUGCAACGCGCCCGCACCGUUCUCUUCGAUCCUCGCCUCAAGCGGAUGAUCAAGCGACGAUUACAAAACGUUCGUCAGUGGUCACAGAGUCUGGUCGGCUACUACCGGAAGAUGGGUCGCAUCGAGGAGUAUGAGGAAACGGAGCUGUACAGCGUGGCUGAGCCGCUGGGCGCCGAGGAGCUCUCCAAACAGAUGAAGGAACAACUGGAGCUGCUGAAGAGCAGCAAGCGAGGACUGUCGUUGAUAGAGGACGCCAACCGAAAUGUGGAGGUCCUGGCGGAUAAGGAAUGCGACAAUGACAAACAGGAAACCCCAGCCGACGCUGACGAGAUCCUGGAAUCCGACUUAAGCAUAUCCAAAGUGGCGGAAGAAAGAACCCCCACUAAAGUAGCCAAGAACAUGACUGCCUCGUGUGACGAUCUCACUCCCCCAACGCCCAGCAAGGAGCCCAGCAGCACCUGUUCCAGUAACGAGAAGUCGGACAAGACUGAGAAGGCCGGAGGCAGCAAGUUCCUGGACAUGCUCAUCAGCAAGGUGCGGGUGAAGACAUUUGCCAACGAGGCCAACAUGACCGCAGAAGUUUGUCCGGCGGCGGUCACCGCCUCCGAGGACGAUGGCAGUGAGGACUUCGUCGGCUUCGAUGAAAGUGUCCACCAGCCAGGUAUGCUGCUCACCCCGUUGGUGCCGCAGAACUGCAAAACGCUCGAGGGGAACGCCGCCUUCGUCAGCGAUUCCCUGGAUGCCUACAUGCGGGAGCACUACAACAACUCGAUGCUGCAUUCCGAUAGCCAGGAUGAGAAGGACAAGCUGCUGGAGCCGAUGGGCCACGACGGCCAGGUCACCAGGCACAGUAUGCCUCCGCCAAUGGACAUGCCUGCGGUGCCGGAGGCCUUGCAGCGCCUGAGGACAGUGGCGGAGCGGCGACACUACCUGCAGGGCUGCAAGAACCAGAAGAUGGUCAUCAUCAACAACGAGGCCAAUGUGUACAAGGAGCUGCAGCGGAAACAGCGCCAGCGGAAGGUGAAGAUCGCAGCCAUGCAAGCACUGCAGUCGCCCUCCACCCAGAUGCCCUUCACCCGCCAGGGCUGGCAAGCCGCCAGCUACGUGGCCACGGAGAAUUCCAGGUACUAUUACCAGGUAAUCCAAAUAGAUGGAGAGAUGGUGCGUCUGCCGGGUGCCCAGGGUAACAAUCUGCGUCGCGAAAAGAAGCCCUACCUCAGCCGGCUGAACCCAAACGAAGCCGAUGAGCUGCAAUGCAACAGCCAGUGCCUGGAUGCCCGCAUCUGGCCCGAGCUGAAAGUAAUUCGCACCAAAGAGACUGCAAUGAAGAACCACAAGGUGCUCAACAAGUUCCCCAUGCCCGCCUUAUUCCGUCCCUGCCCUCUGUCCAAGAAGCCCCUCCAGCGCCCAAUGGACGAUGAUACGGCGGCGUUGCUUCUUGCCGGCGGUAGCAUGGCGGUGGUUAGCAUGCCGACCGUCCAGCUGGAUGUGAUGCCCCAACUGGGUCGACCGCUGGAUGAGAUCGCCAAGCGCUAUCUGCAGCACAUCCUGCCACAUCACGACAUCACCCGCGAGUGGGCCGAGUUCAGUGUCUCCACAUUGCAGCAGCCGCCAGCAUGCAUGAAGGAAGCCGAGGCGCAGGCAGCCCAAACGCCGGCGGGCCGCCGGAAGAGUUUCACAUUCGUCAUUCCCUACUUGAACGAUCGGAAUCACAUCCUGGUACGUCGCGUGGUAGAUCGCUCCGAGCAGUUAGACGCCAGUUUCCACCAGUACCCCGACGAGCUGCAAAAACUGAACUUCCGCGAGGAGAUGUCCCCAGACGCCGAUCCUGUGGAGCUAGCCUGUGCGGACAUGAUCAACGACAUGAUCAACACAGUGGCCAUCAGUUGCAGCGAGAACAGUUUCAUCAUGGAAGACCCGGAUGCGGCCAAUGGAAGCUCUUUGGCCCAGAUAAUCGAUCCCAGUUCAAUCAAGGAGGAGUCCGGCAAAGACGCAGGGAAACUGGGCAAGAAACGACUUCCCAGCAAACAGAAGCGUCUGGCCAAUGAGCUGCGGCGACUGAAUGCAACCAUUAUAGAUGCGGCAGCCGCCAGAAAUGCAGAUGAGAAAAAACCCUGCGUGAAGGAUUACUGCCAGCUAGGAUGCGUGUGUGACAGCCUGGCAGGUACCGAAAUACCCCUUAAAGACCAUUGUGGUCGUGCUGACUGCGUCCUGGAGUGUUGUUGCAUUGGAGGAGAGCAUGCUCGCGUCAUGCGAGUGGAAGCCGCGGAUGUUUGUGGAAUUUCCAACGAGGACGCCUUCAACCUGCGACGUAAAGCCACUGCCCGUCUGGCGAAAAUGGAAAAGGAGUUCACUUCCACCUUGGUGCUCACCGACAACGAGACUCUGCUGAUUAACGAGUCGCAGGGGGACAAGAAGCGACGCUGCACCAAGGCGCCCAAGCGCUACGAGGACUUCGACGACACGGAUAUGUUCGAUGAGAAAAAGGACGUAGUGUCGCCCGUAUCCAAGAAGCAAAAGAAGCUGGCUGCCGCUGCCGCAGCUGCUGCAGCUGCGGCCGCCGCCAGUGCGAAGAUGUCGGCCCCAGUGUUGAAUUUCCCCUGCAUUGUGAAGGACUCGGAUAUGGCGAAGCUGAAACAUUGCUUUGUGGGCCUGCGACGACUGCCGGACGUUGACAAUCUGGCCACCUUCUGCAUGACCCAUCAGCUCUACAAAUGCUUCUGCGGGGGCGCUUCGCCCAUUGGAAAGCCAGUUGUCAUCGAGAAGGAGCAGUGGAACCCGGAGGUCACCCACUAUAACCCUGAUCUUGCCAUCAAGGCGCACUACAGCUUUGAGCGACCGCCCGAGGAGCCCGUCAAGAAGAAGCUAAAGGAGAAGAAGCCAAAGGUGAAAGUGGAGCAGAAAGCGGUUCACAUCAGUGAGAAGCCGAAGGAGCCAGUUGAGCUGCCGGAGCAAGUGGAAAAGAUUGAAAAGACAAAGAAAGGAACUGGCCUGGAGCGGCCCAAGGACGGGCUGUCCACGUUGUUCGUUGAGGAUGUGCCCCAACAGCGAUCUGUCGAACUGGAUGCCAUUUUUCAUUAUUUCCGUUCGCGUCCUUUUAUGAGCAGGCGAGCAGUUCCCGUGCCGAAGAGCUCGUAUCAGCGCCUGAACCGUCGCCGGGUGGAUAGGGUGCGCGAGUAUGUGUCCCGCCAGGAGACGUCGACGACGGAAGAGCUGCUUAAGGAACGCAUACAGGGCGCAGUGUGCUACUACCGCAAGGAACUGGAACGCCAGCGGAAGCUAGCUUACAAGAAGCAAGUGGCUCCUGUCAUUGAGGUGGGCGAUGAUUCAGAUGAAAACGAACCAUCAGCCAGUCUGCUGAAGCGCACUGCGGCCAAGGAUAAGGAGCCCAUUCCCAGCAAACGUAGUAAGCUGCUGCUGGAGGAAGCAUCCACAUCUUCGGAGAGCCACCAAGACAUCCAAGUACCUCGCAUAGCUGCCUGCUACUCGCUUAACGCCGCCUCAGUGGAUGUGACGGGAUCUGGAAUGCCGAGUGUAGCGGCUGCCGGGUCUCUGGAGACGGAUUCACCCAACUUUAGGUCUUUUUACAACGAAGUAGUGAAGAACAUGAACACCCUGGUCAGCAAGAAAAUGCAGGACAUCGACUUGGCGCUCCAGCGCGAGAGCAAGAUCAUCCCAGCCCCCAACGAGGAGAUACUCUGCAUCAUCAAGUGGACCAACUUCCUGGCCGCCUUCGAGUCGGGCUAUGUGUUCAUCUGGGACGUGCAGAUGAAGAACUACAAUUUCCUGGCAGCCACCACCACCAACAUGAUGCCGUCGGUCUGCGGAGCCAUCGGAGUGGUCAACACCAAGUUUGCUCCCGAUCCGAAGGCACUGCCGUUGAUGGCUCGCAUGCUGAUGGAGGGCAAGCGGAACGAGCACACGUGCCGCCUGGCUGUGGUGAUGCAGGGCCGGCAGAGCUACUGGCUCGUCAAAGGCUUUCUACGGCACAUGGAGGGCAAUGCCUGCACCAAACCCACCCCCCAGACUCACCCGCUCCUGACCAAGAAGAUCAACGUACUCUGUUCGUUGCUUGUGAAGCAGCGCAUUCGAGAACACCAGAAGAAGAUACAAGUCUCAGGCGGGCCAUCGCCUGCACCUUCUCUAGAGUCCGAGAGAGCGUCGCCUCGCCAAUCCAAAGCGCCAUCAACUGCCCCGGCCCCAGCUGCUCCCCCUGCAUCUAGCCCUGAGGCUGCCGAAAAACCUGUCCCUGCCGUCGAUCGCACUCCUGUGGCCAAAAUCGAAUCGAGUCCCUCCGCCAAACCCAAGUCUGGCCAUGUCACUCAAGUCACUCCUCCUCCGAAAGCAAACAAAGCCAACGUGUCUGGAAUCCACAGCAAUAUUGAGUUUAGAAAGGUCAACCACAACGAUGUGGAGGAGCUGCAGAUCCCAGAGAUGCACAGUGAAGACCACCGCUGGUUGGUACUGGACCUCUUCGACGACUUCUCCCACAUCUUCGUCCCCGCCCUUGGGGACAUGAUUUCGCGGGACAGAAUCCACAGCGUGAUGGAGGUGGCCGUCGAGAAGAAGAAGGUAGUGAAGCUGCAGUUCUUCCAGAACGCUCCCUACGACGCCUUUGUGACUCCCUCAUCCCGAAAGAAGAUCUACUUCGGACCCCUGCACCGGAACCGUUGGCCACCACCGGUGCUGGUGCUGCUGCAGAGUGUCGAUGGGAAGGUGAUGCUGCGAGAGGUUUACCAGCGGGCGCACUCGAUCCCAGUGGACCGCCAGCGUCGGAGCAUGGCUUUUUGGGUGCUGCACGUAAAUGGCCAAGUGCACUUCGAGAUCGACGUUGAGUCGACUGCCAAGCUCGAGGCGGAACAGUCCGCGGCGAGAGAUGCCAUCGAGGACUUGGUGCGCAUUCCAUCCCAGCUUUCAGUGGAAAUUGCGAAGGACGAACGGCAGAUACCUCCAGUGGUGGUAUUGGACAGCGACGAGGAAGAUGGCCCGAGGAGUGACGAUUCGGAGAUGGAGAAGCCUGGGAAGGGAAAGGAUGCUUGUGUCAAGGAAGAGCUUCCGCCCUUCGAGACAAAGCCGGAUCAGCCCCGCAUGAACUUCACUAUCCAGUCGGUAGGCAUGAACCGCUCCCUGCAGAUCACAUCCACCGGAUCCUCGGUUCCAGUUAAGAUUUCCGGGAAAGACGGUUCCGUAUCCCGACUUGCCGGCGCUUUUAUGCCCUUCAUUUCCAAUAUUCCCGCGAAAAACGGGGACCAAAAGCCCACCACACAGUUGCUGACUCCGCAAGUGCAGCUCUCGACCACGGCAGCCGCUUCCGACUCUACUCCAACCAGCUCAAUGGACCAUCCGCCGGCGGCCAAGAUCAGUCGUCUUUCUGUGAUUAACAGCAAGAUCAAUGAGUCGCUGCAAGAGCUGCUGAGCAACGGAAACACUGUUACGCCCGGUGGCAUAACCAUCACUAAGCUACGCGGCCAGGACGUCAAGCUGGAUGGCGAGUGCGUGAAGGUUGGCAGCAAGCGCAGUGCCACCGGAACGGCUAAGCUCCCACCAAAGACAGUAUUAUUGCAGCCGGCGACUGCAUCCACAAUUGUGAAGCUCACACCAGCGACUGUUCCUACAGCUACUCCCUCGGAAAAACCGCGUACCAGCUUGCCCGCGGGGGUCAUUGAAGGAGUGAAGCUGUAUCCCAUUCCCUCGACCGUCGCCCGGCAAUCUCUGCCGGGAAAUCGAAAAGUAACAGUGAAAGCGGUGGCGCCUCGCCAAUCCCUGCCGGCCGCUAUGACGAGCGAUAAGCCAAUGCCAUCCACCUCUGCGUCCCAGUCGCCCGCGACAGCUGCUACUUCCAACCGCAUCAGUCUGCCCGUCAGGAUUAAGACUGUCGUUGAAUCACCGCCACUUCGCCAAUCGCCAGUUCUGCCGGCAAAGGUGGUUUCCGCGCAGCCAGCUGGAGAGGUUCGUUCCAAAGCUGUAGCCAACUCAUUCCAAAAAGCUGGGUCAUCGGCAGAUCCGAAACCGGUGGCGGUGCCAGCGACAGUUCCAAAGGCAGUAGCUGCCACCACCUCCAAUGCCUCGCCAGCUAAGCAGGACGACAAGAAAUUUUGUUACGGCUUCUUCGGUGCCAAAGGACUGCCGCGCUACCGAGCCAAGAUCCAGGGAUCGGAGUUCAUGAUCAAGAUGCCCGAAGUUGGAGUAUUGCGAUUCAAGAACUUUCCCUCCGCCGCCAACUUCUUAAAUCGGCAACUGGCCAGGAAUCAGAAGUUCACGUCUUUACUGCCGGCCGAUUGGAAGUUCUUGGCGGUGGAGCCACCAGCCGGCAAGCAGCCGGCGCCACCUAAGACCCCUAGCUCCACCCCCCAAGUGCCAUCGAAGAGUCAGGAGCCCCCGGCCGCCAUCAUUAUCGAAGACUAAUCCUUUGUUGCCCCCCAUCACAGAAAUUUGGUUUAAUUUUUUUUACUUUGCCUUUAUGGCCGCGCAUUGAACUCACAAUCAUGCACCUAUUUUGUAUACAUAUUUAAUAUGUAAACGGAUCAUGUUAAAACCCUAGGUUAUCCAUAAAAAACUGUUCUUUAUUAAUUUCGUUUAUAAUUAAGAUACUUAAGUAUUAUCAACGAAUAUGGCAAAUGAAUCCGAGAGGAAUUGUAGCAGAAACUCAUGCCUUUUGAAACUGGAGGGGAGUUUUUGUUUUUUUUCCCAUUAUUAACAUCAAAAUUAUAGAAUUUAGUAGAGAAAUCUUUCAAAGUAAACAAUAAAACUUGUAAUAUCGAUGUA